GAUGCCGUACAUCGAUUAAACACCACCCAGACAGGCUUCAAUUCCAAAGAGAAAUGCGAACUUCGUCGCCAGCUAUUAGGUAAAGCCGAUGUACCACAAAUGAGGAAGUGGUUAUCCCGUAUCGGGUAUACGCCCACCGACCUCAACAGCCUCAACGUCGUCCACGUCGCCGGAACAAAAGGCAAAGGAUCAACCUGCGCAUUCGUAAACUCGAUCCUCAACCGCUACCACUCAUCCAUUGGCGCACCGCGCAAAAUCGGCCUCUACACCUCCCCGCAUCUCAUAGCCGUGCGCGAGAGAAUCCAGAUAAACUCGCAGCCUAUAUCCGAAGAACUUUUUACGAAGUACUUCUUCGAAGUAUGGGAUGCGCUCGAGGAAUCCGCGGUACGGGACGGACUCGAUCCGUCGAUAUUGAAGCCAACGUAUUUCCGGUUCCUGACGUUAUUGUCGAUCCACGUGUUUAUGAGAGAGGGCGUUGAUGUCGCUGUUUACGAAGUCGGUGUUGGGGGCGAGAACGACUCGACGAAUGUUUUUGAAAAGCCUGCUGUGACUGGUAUCACGACGUUGGGGAUUGAUCAUGUGAAUGUGCUGGGUGAUACAAUUGACAGUAUCGCGUGGCAUAAGAGCGGGAUAUUCAAGGAGGGGUGUCCGGCGUUUACUGUCGACCAGGUGCCCGAGGCUAUGGAGGUUCUUGAGCAGAGGGCUGUGGAGAGGGGGGCUAAAGGACUUGGCAGGGUUGGGGUGUGUCCUGCGCUAUUACAGCAAAAGGUGGAUAUCCGGCCUGCAGAAGACUUCCAGAGGAAGAAUGCCUCGUUGGCUAUUGCACUCGCGCAUACUGUCCUGGGGAAACUGGGCAUUGAAACUAAUCCUGACCAGCAAAACCUCCCAGCAGAAUUCGUCCAAGGCCUAGAAAGCGUUGUUUGGCGAGGUAGAUGCGAGGAACUAAGAAGCAGACAGCAACACUGGCACCUGGACGGCGCGCACACAGAGGCAAGUCUGGAAGUAGCGUCGUUGUGGUUUGGGAAGGUAUCACAGAAACGACACAGAGAUAUACCUCGUGUGCUGGUUUUUAAUCAGCAGUCGAAGAGAAGAGAUGCCGUCUCGCUGCUGAAAACUAUCCACCAGACAUUGCACGACCAUUUCAAGAUGUCUUUUCAGUACGCGCUGUUCUGCACGAACGUGACGUAUAAAGACAAUUCAUACAAUCCCGCAGACCUUAUGGACAAGAACACAGAUCCAGACGCCAUCCAGAAUCUCAGCCUGCAGAGAGAAUUGGCGAAUAUAUGGAAGGAUCUGAACCCGGGGACUGAAGUCGCGGCGCUGUCAUCUAUCGAGGGAGCCAUUGAAUAUAUUAAGAACAUCAAUGGUGGUGUGGGAGAGAGCCAGGUUUUGGUCACUGGGAGUCUGCACCUUGUUGGUGGUGCUAUGGCGGUUUUGGAUGACAUGAAGGGUGAAUAGGAGUCUUGGGGUACAUGAGCAUAUAGUGAAGGAAAAAAGAUUCUAGUCAAUGUAA